UUGAUCGCAAUCCAGAAAAAUCUGAUUCUCUCUCUCUCUCUCUCUCUCUCUCUCUCUCUCUUCUCCUCGUUUCUUCUACCAGUGCCGAAGGCUGAGGGGCGGAGAGAGUUUGUGUGUGUGUGAGAGAGAGGGAGAGAGAACCGCAGAGAAGACCGUUCGAUCGCAAGCCAGAAAACCUAAUUCUCUGAAGGCUGAGAGACAGACAGAGAGGGCACUCUGUACGAGGAUAGAGCGUUUGAUCGCACGCCAGAAAACCUAAUUCUCCGAACGCUGGGAGAGAGAGAGAGAGAGAGAGAGAGAGAGAGAGAGAGAGAGAGAGAGAGAGAGAGAGAGAGAGAGACAGAGAAAGAGGGCACUCUGUACGAGGAUAGUGAGCUGCUAAAAGAAGUAGAAUUUGACACUUGAAAAUCGAUCACCGACCCCGUUUGCUUCAGGAUAGUGAGCUGUGAAAAGAAGUAGGAGAGUCAUGGAGAGGAAGCGGGGAGGAAGUGAUGAAUGCGAUUAUGGAGAUGGAGGAUCAUGGAGUAGAGGGCCUUUGAUUGCCAAAGGCAGUUUCGGCUCUGUGUUUAUUGCCAUUUGGAAGAAGAAGAAGAAGAAAGGCUACUUCUUGGCUGUCAAGUCGUGCGAGGUCUCUACCUCCAGUUCUCUGCGGGACGAGGGAAAUAUUCUCAGUAAUUUUCAUGGCUGUUCCAACAUAUUACAGUGCUUCGGUGAAGAGACAACCACCAGUGAAAAUGGGCAGGUGGUCUACAACCUGCUUUUGGAGUAUGCCAGUGGAGGCACCCUGGGUGGUCUCAUUGCCAAGAAUGCUGCUGCUGCUUCUUUCAUUCCUGAAUCAGAUGUGAGGGCCUACACCAGGGAUAUUCUCUGCGGCCUCCAUCAAAUUCAUGUCGCUGGUUAUGUACACUGUGAUUUAAAGCCUGAGAACAUCUUACUUUUCCCGCCUGAUUCUGGUUUUGGAAGAUUUGUGGCCAAGAUUGCUGAUUUCGGAUUGGCCAAGAAGAGGAGGGUGCAGUAUCCGUACUUGAGAGGAUCUGCAAUGUAUCUGUCCCCUGAAGUUUUGAUUGACGGGAUACAGGGAGCCCCUUCUGAUAUUUGGGCUCUUGGCUGUGUGGUCCUCAAGAUGCUAACUGGAAGACCACCAUGGCUCAAUACUGCAGGUUUAAACCGUGAGGGCCUUUUGUCUCGGAUUGCCACUCCCAAUGAAUUGCAGCAAAUUCCGAGUAGCCUGUCCGAAGAAGCAAAAGAUUUCUUGAAGCAUUGUUUUGUGAGGAAGGCUAAUACCAGGUUCACUGCGGAAAUGCUUUUGAUUCACCCAUUCGUUGCAGGAUUGGACUGCACUAAUGUACAAGAAACUAGUGAUUUUGAGGAGCAGGAGCAGAUAACCCCAUAAUUCCAUUGCCCGAGACUGAUAAUGAGUGUUCCUCGUCUUCCUCUAUUAUUUGGUUGACACGAUUUUUUCACUCUCAAAGACAGCCUGUAUAUGCGACUGAUGCCAGAAGCUCGUGUAUUGGAGUUGUUUGCUUCCGGGUACUUCUGAUAGUGACAAUGGAGCAUAGA